AUGAUUAUGGUUCAUGUUUUCUAUCAACCAACCGAUCUCCGGGCGAUCACCGUUCGCGAUGAGUUGACGCCAAUUCUCGGCAACCUAAACACCACCGAAUGGAGCUUUGUUGGGCCACUUUAUUGGACAAUCGCUCCCACAAUCUGCGAGUAUCUUGUCUGUUUCGCUGUCAUUUGGGGUCCAUUCUUGCAAGCCUUCGGAGUACCGGUGGCCGAUUUUGCGAGAUGUGGCCCAGUAAUCAUCUCACAGUAUCCCGUUGCUGAAGCUUUUCUUGUAAUCUUCAUGUUCAAGAGU